AUGCCACGCAAGAAAAAAGAUCAAGCUACUGCAGAGAGAAAAGGCAACAAAAGAAGAUUGUUUUUGGCCGAGAAGCUACAGCAAUUAGGGGAUGAACUGAUUGCAAAACAAUAUUUGACAAGAAGAAAGAAUAAAAUAAGGCCAAAAAGGCUUCGAGAUGAAAAUAGAACUUUCUUAUCUGACGUGAAACAAAAAGAGAAGAUUAAAAAGAAUAUUCCCGUUGACACUGAAAUGGAUGAAAAGGAAGACAAUAUUAACCCUAAAGAAGAACUGAAAGAUGCAGAUCAAUAUAGAAACGGCAGUGAUAAUGAAAUUAAAGUAGAUGAUGGAAAUAAAAUGACAUAUCAGUUACAAUACAAGAGUAAAAUUGAAAACUUUGAUAAUAAAACUGACAACGCCGAAGACGAAGAAACAGAAUCUGAAGAAGAGACUGAAGUAGAAGACUGUACAGAAGAAAAAAAUGAGAUAAACAGCUGCACAGACAGUGAGAGAGAAAUAAAUCAAGACAUUGAAAAUGAAAAGUAUGAAAAUGGUACUGAAAGUAAACAUAUAGACACAGAAAUGUAUGAAACGGAAUCAAAUUCAGAUCAAGAAAAAGAACAUGAUAAGUCCUCCGACAGUGAUAUGGAAAAGAAUAAAGAAUAUGAAAAGUGUGAAAAAGGAAACCAAAGACAUGACAAUAACAGAGAAGAUGAAUACGAAUUGGAAACCGAUUUAGAUGAAGAAAAAGAAAAUGACAAAUGCACAGACACAGCCAGUGACAGCAAAAUGAACCAAAAAAAAUGA